UCGCUUCCUCGAACUUUGUGCAUUCUAGACUAUGAGAAGCGUACUAAAACUCAGAACUCGGGCAGCUGGACACACACGUUCAAACCUUGUAUGACGUUACGUGCAAGAAGAAGCAGAAAAAGACCAAUGCUCGCGCUUGGCGCCACAUCAUCUUUUGCAGUUUAUACGCCAUAGGGAGUUGAUAUUGAUUGACCGGCUUUAUAGGAUCCCGACCACAAGACCGAAAAGCGCAUUCCCUUCGUACUACCAUACCAGUGAAUUUAUAAUGGCAACUUCUCGACAAAUUGACCGCCGUGCUUCGAAGCCUCGUACAAGGGAUAUGAGGAUCCUCGCCUUGGGAUUCAGUCGAACUGGCACAAUCUCGCUCAAAAUUGCAUUAGAAAAGUUGGGAUAUCACCCAUAUCAUGGCUCAAUAGCUAUUCGAAGUUGGAAAGAUGAUCAUUGGAUUUUAUGGGAGGAGGCUCUUCGUGCGAAAUUUCUCGGCGAUGGGGAGCCUUAUGGAAGAGAAGAGUUCGAUAAGUUUCUGGGUGACUAUGAUGUGCUCGAGGAUGUACCCAGCAUUCUAUUUGCGGAAGAAUUGAUGGAAGCAUAUCCGGACGCGAAAGUCAUUUUGACUACCAGGUCGGUAGCUUCCUGGCUGAGAAGCAUGAGCAAUACCGUUCUGAAGAUUUUCGAAUGGAAAACUUUGCCUUAUGUUGCAUCAGUCGAUCGUAAACUGUUCGGCCCAUUAACUAGAUCCUUGUCCAUUAUCUUGAGGCAUUGGGGUAACGGCGACCCUUUAGAUGGUGCUGCCCUUCAGCAGGCGUACAUCAACCACUAUGCGUACGUUCGCUCUGUAGUCCCCUCUUCCAAUCUGUUGGAGUUUGAAAGCAAGCAAGGCUGGGAGCCUCUGUGUAGGUUUCUCGGCAAGGACAUACCGAAUGAAGAUUACCCGCGCACAAACGAUUCUGCGGACAUGGUGAAAAAAUUCGGAAUACUUUAUUGGCGUGCAUUGGCGAGGGUCAGCCUCAUACCAUUGAGUGGUCUUUUGGUGCUUGCAUUGGCUAUAUCGAAGGGACCAAGUGUGUACACCUAA